AUGAAUCAAUUUAUCUUCGAAAGGGCUCAAUCUUCCCCCAAAGCACUUGCCGUCACGGAAGAUGACGAUCAAUUGACCUAUGAAGAGUUAGUCUUCGAGUCUCAGAAGAUGGCUCAGACCCUUCUUUCGAUGGGUAUCGGCUUGGAAGAGCCAGUUGGUAUUUUCCUUGCCCCCGGAAUCAACCUGGUAAUAGCCCAACUUGCGGUGAUUUUAUCUCGAGCCACUUGUGUUGCCGUGGAUCCCGCAAUGCCCAAGAUGAGGCUUACGGAUAUGUUUCGCGAUGUGAAGGUCAAGUAUGUGAUCAUUGCCGACCAAAAAGAUCAUUUGUUGGAGGACAUGGGCUAUGUUCUCAUAUCUAGUGACAGGAAGGGCAGUGUUCAUCGCCAGUUAACUGGUGACAAGGAUAUUACUGCCUUGGACAUUGUCUUAGAUAUACAACAUCGCACUCAUAUCCUCUUCACCUCCGGCUCCACAGGCAAACCCAAGCCAGUUCAAGUCAGCGCUCAAAGUAUCAACCACCUCGCCAGCAAGACUCCAUUUACCCCGUUGCACCCCGAUGAUAAGGUGGCGCAUUUCAAUAACCCGGGAUUUGAUCUCAGUCUUUUUGAGAUCUGGGCUACUCUUCUUUCUGGGGCCACUAUCGUUUCCAUCAACAAACAGCUUGUCACGGACCCAUCCCUGCUCAAGGCAUAUCUGGAGUCCCAGGGGGUCACAGUGAUGAUGCUUUCCGUCGCCUUGAUGGAAAUUCUCGUUUUCGAAGAGCCGUCCAUCUUUCAAAGCCUGCGACACGUACUGAGCGCUGGGGACGUUGCAAGUGUCAAGGCAAUGCGUACGUUGUGCAAGCCUCCUGAAUACCUUUGGAAUACAUACGGUCCGACGGAGUGCACCACGCUUGCCAGCGCCCUUCUAGUAACCGACGAGGAAUUGGAACGGGAUCGGAUCAGUAUCGGUCGAGCGGUGGGUGACAUGGAAAUAUAUCUGCUGGAUCAGAGUCUGCAUCUAAUCCGGGAAAGCGGUAUUCGUGGGGAAAUAUGCAUCUCGGGACCCCAGCUCUCAGAAGGCUAUUUGAAUCUGCCGAAAGAGACUGAAGAACGCUUUGUUCACGUGGAACGCUGUGUCCUGGACGGCUCCGAACCCCCAAGCCAGAGUGUCCGCUUGUAUCGAACCGGAGACUACGCCGAGUGGAGACCAGACUCGGACUGCUUGGAGUUUCUCGGCCGCCUGGAUCGACAGGUCAAGCAUGGGGGCUUCCGGAUUGAGCUUCCAGAGGUGGAAAGACUCCUGCGUUCCCAUGAGGCUGCCGAAUCGGCAGCGGUAAUCCACAUAGCGUCAACCGCAAACAAUGGGAUACCCCUACUUGUGGCAUUUGUCAAAAUAAACAGGCAGCAAGACCUGUCGGUUGAAGCUCUUUCAAAAUUCGUUCGUGAGCGAUCGCCUUCAUACAUGGUCCCAAACCACAUUGAGCUGCUUGACGAUCUCCCAUUGACCAUGAACGGCAAGCUGGAUCGUCAAGCGUUGAAGGACCGUUAUGAGACUCGGAAGAAAAGCCAGACCACCACCGAUACCACCAGUGAGAGGUCUAUUUCAAACAGAGGCCCGACAAAGAAGUCUAUCAUCAAGGAACUUUGGAAGGAGAUUCUCCCUCAAUCGCAUGCAAGUGAGCAAGACGACUUCAUCCAGCAAGGCGCCACUUCUCUUCAAAACGCCGCCCUGAUCUCCUCAAUCCGGAAGCGUCUGGAUUGUCGCAUCUCUAUGGAUCAAUUCCAGCAGCACACACAGCUACAAGAUCUUGUUUCGCUUGUCGAGGAAAUGACCUCGACGACUGAGCCCUUCGCCUACUCAGCCGACGAGACCGAGAUUUGGAGCCGAGACGUAGGGAUUGUCGACGAUAUUGAACUGACUCCAGACUGGACGGCUGACGCAGAGGGUCGCGUUUUUCUUACUGGCGCCACUGGCUUUGUGGGAGCGAACCUCUUGCGCCACCUCCUGGAAAUGCCGACGGUGAAGCACGUCGCCUGCCUUGUGCGACAGCAAGGAUCUACUAGUGGUGCCGAUCGUAUCCAGCAGACAUUAGAACGAUAUGACCUUUGGCCAGAAUCUUUAACAUUAUUACAGAAGAUCAUGGUUUUAGAAGGUGACAUGGAGGAGCCAAAUCUCGGUUUGAGCGUCGAGCAGUUUGCCUGGCUAACUAACUGGGCAUCAGUCGUCUUUCACCUGGGAGCCAAGGUGAAUUUCUGUGAGAGUUAUGCCGCACACUACGCCUCUAACGUCUUGGGGACCAAACAUGUCCUGCGGGUCGCAGCCCUGGGCCGCCGCAAAUCCUUCCAUUACAUGUCUAGCAUCGACGUUUGGGGCCCGACAGGGUUCAUCUUGGGAAACCGGCGUGUCCUUGAAGAUGAAUCGCUGUUCCCCCACACACAGGCUCUUCGAUAUGAUCUAGGCUACUCGGCCAGUCAGUGGACAGCGGAGCAGAUGGUUCGACGCAUGCGAGAACGAGGCCUUCCUGUUACCAUCUACCGGCCGGGGUACAUCAUCGGGGACAGCAGGACCGGCGCCCUAAACCCGAACGACUUUUUCUCGCGGCUCAUCGUUGGUUGUAUACAUAUCGGCGCAUUCCCGGAUCUUCAACAGAACCUGGAAUACUGCACCAUCGACUAUGUCAUCUCGGCCAUGAUACACAUUGCCUCAUCUAACCGCCACCUUGGUCGGUCAUACAGCCUCUUGUCCCCAGACCCCUCAGCAUCAAUCACCGUCAAGGAGACCUGUCAAGUGAUCAAUGACGCGGGCUAUGCAGUGCGAUUGGUCAAAUACUCGCAAUGGGUGCGCGAAGUCAUUUCUGGUCAGCUUCCCGACGGGCCAUUGGCUCCGUUGAUGCCCAUGUUUGAGGAGCGCGUUCUGGGUGAACUGACCCGCUGGGAAGCGAGUCAAAAUACGCCAAUAUAUGACUCUACCAAUGCAGCAGAAGCUCUCCAGGAUCGUCCCGAUAUUCGCUAUAAGCCGCUGGAUCCAGUACUUCUUCAGUCGAUCAUUUCAUUUUGGAAGCGGAAAGGGUUCUAUCAAGUCUGA